UGGACAAGUUUGUAUGUACCGUGCACGGCUCUCUGGAGAGCCCAGCUCUCCAAUGGAAGCUUUUUAAAACAAAAACCUGUAUGGAACCUAUGGAUACCCAGAGGGCUCGGAGAUCCACUGCUUGGAUUCACCAGUGAAAUGCCUGUAGCUGGAAAACAUGCUGGACAGGGAAUGCAGCAAAGGAGUUGGGCUUAGAUUGGAAACUCUUCUACAUGGAUGACAAAAUGGGGGCACGAUGGAGUCAGAGAGGAGAGCUGAGGAAGACGGUGUUUGAAGUUAUUAGGUUUCUGUUGGUAAGAUCGGUUGAUGCAUCGGGACCACACAGUUAUACAAGGACCUGAAGCCUAGAAACAAGCUGCCAACGCGCACACUGAACAACAAGCAGCAUGGGCUGUGGCAGAAACUGUGGGCUACUCACGGGGGUUAGCAUUGGUGCAGUACUGGCUGUAUUUGGAGGUGCCCUCAUACCAGUUGGAGAUUACCUUGUUAAGAGGACAAUAAGAAAGGAAGAUGUCAUCGAAAAUGGUACAAUAGCUUAUGAAAACUGGGUUGUGCCAGGGAGUCCUGUUUACAGGCAGUUUUGGUUCUACGAUGUGCAAAAUCCACAGGAAGUGAUGAAUGGAUCACGGCCAAUACUCAAACAAAUUGGACCUUACACAUACAGGAUGCGAUAUUUACCCAAAGAAAAUAUCACUCAACAUCCUGACUACACCGUGUCCUAUAUGCUGCCAAAUGUUGCUCGUUUCGAGCCUGAUAUGUCAGUUGGGUCCGAAAAUGACACCUUUACCUGCAUCAAUCUCGCUGUUGUUGCCGCACCUGCCAUGUAUCAAAACUCUUUUGUACAGAUAUUGCUAAAUACAUGGAUCAAGUCAUCUAAAUCGCUCAUGCUACAAACCAGAAGUGUGAAAGAAAUUCUUUGGGGCUACGAAGACCCAUUCUUAAAGAAAGUACUAUUUCCUGUGGAUCGAACAAUUGGUGUCUUCUACCCUUAUAAUGGCACAUCUGACGGACUGUACAGAGUCUUUAAUGGGAAAGAUGACAUAAGCAAAACUGCAAUAAUUCAAUCCUAUAAAAACAAAAGCACUCUUUCCAUGUGGGCUGGCCAGUGUGACAUGGUCAAUGGAACAGAUGGUGCAUCAUUUCCUCCUUUUGUAAAGAAGGACCGGAUCCUGCGCUUCUUUUCCUCCGAUAUUUGCAGAUCUAUCUAUGGCAUAUUUGACAGUGAGCAGAUUGUGAAGGAAAUCCCCCUGUAUCGUUUUUCAGUUCCUCGUGCAGCAUUUGCAUCUCCUCUUGAAACUCCAGAAAAUAAAUGCUUCUGCACAGAAACUGUUCUGUCAAAGAAUUGCACAGCAUCUGGAGCCCUGGACAUUAGCGCCUGCAAAGAAGGAAAACCAGUGUAUAUUACACUUCCCCAUUUUCUGUAUGCAAGUGAAGAUGUGUCCGAGAAUAUUGAAGGAUUGAGUGCAAAUAAGGAUGAACACGAGACCUUUUUAGAUGUAGAGCCUACCACUGGGUUUACAUUACGAUUUGCCAAAAAGCUGCAAAUAAACUUACUGGUGAAGCCUGCACCAAAGAUCGAUGCUUUAUCAAAACUUACAAAAUCCUAUAUCUUUCCUGUUCUUUGGCUGAACGAGACGGCGAUUAUUGAUGAUGAGAAAGCAGCAAUGUUCAGAUCAAAAGUGAUCUCUCCAAUCAAGCUGCUGCACUUGCUGCAGGUGGUGCUGAUCAUAGUCGGCAGCAUGAUGUGUCUUGUGUUAGGUGUCUCAUAUUUCAUAUGCAGAUCGAAUAAAUUAAGUAACAAAAGAGAUUACAUGUAGGCAAUAGUUACUUCGAAUUUCAAACAAGGAGUUUGUAAAAUUCAGUGGCAAAAGAAUCUGGUCUUACGAUAUCGUAUAUACACAUAACAGGCUAUGGAAUGAAUGUGCCUUUCCUUUCUGUGAAGAAUGUACAGAAUCCAGCUUCUCAACCAUCAACGCCUGAUCUUUCAAAAAGCCCAUUUUUACAACCUCAUAUUCCGAAACCACUAUCAUGGUACAAACCUCUAAUACAAAUAGCAUAUUAGCAGGUGAAAACUGAAAUCCAGUUUGGAAUCCAAUCCACUUUCUGCCAUUUAUAGAACUUGCUUGUUCGCUUCUCUUGGGACUGUGAGAAUAGGAGUAAAAGCCAGUUGCUGAUGUUCUGGUUCUAAGUAUGUGGGAUGGUGACCUCAUCAAGCUCAUGCAGUGCCCUAGAAGUUAUUUUUCCCCAUUCCUGCAAGCAAUGGAAGUUGCUGCAGUAGAACUGCUCUCCUGUCUUCAGAGAUGUGAAUUUUAAAGACUAUGAAGUUUAUUAUGUAAAGUGUUAACCAUAAUAUCUGAAUGUCAAUAAAGGGUUUCUGAAAA